GCGCUUUGGGAGAUGUCUUUCGCACAAUUUAUCUACAUAGACUUUAAAGUAAAGCGCGAACGGUAAUUAGACCAUCCUUAUGGUUUUGUGGGCCAUGAAGACCCCCCCUUGCUCCUUUUAAAGGAACUCCUACCGUGUUACUUGAUUGACGGCUCCAUAUUUUCUGGUGGAUUUGUUUUCUGUUGCCCGAGAAAGGAGGGGGAAAAAACGGGGAUAAUUUUGAGAGGGAGAGAGAGCGGUGGAAAAAUAACGACGGUGCUGGAAAGUGAAAGGCAAGGAAGAAUACUUUGAACAACUGAAGAGAAAGCAGGGGAAACAACAUCUCCGACGCACUGGAGUCGAAGUUGUGUCAUUUACACAUUUAAUUAUUUUGCAUUUUCUCCCUCAUCACAUUUUUGUUGCUUUCAAGGAGACAGCCAAGGAUCGCCAUGACGACUGAGAUGCAGGAGAUCGCCAUCACGGAGGAGAAGCCUUUGCUUCCAGGUCAAGCCGACCCUGGGAAGGAAGCAGAGAUCGCUGCACGGAUACUGUUGGACCAGGGACAGGAACACAGCAUUGAAACUCCUCAUGGUAUGCUGCACGCGACCCUGCACGGCACAGGAAACACACGCCGGCCAGCCAUCCUCACCUUCCACGAUGUGGGUCUGGAAAGUAAGAGCUGUUUCUCCACUCUCUUUAAGUUUGAGGAGAUGCAGGAGAUUGUGAAGAACUUUACAGUGGUUCAUGUGGACGCACCUGGACAGGAGGAUGGGGCGGCUGCCUAUCCCAAUGGGUACCAGUACCCACCAAUGGAGCAGCUGGCUGACAUGAUCCCUGCUGUGCUGCAGUACUUCAAUUUCCGGACUAUCAUCGGUGUUGGAGUAGGAGCUGGAGCCUACGUGCUCUCCAAAUUCACAUUGAGUAACCCUGAGUCAGUGGAGGGGUUAGUCCUGGUCAACAUGGAUGCUAACGCCCGGGGCUGGAUGGACUGGGCUGCACAGAAGCUCACAACGCUGACAUCAUCCGUCACAGAACAGAUCCUGAGUCACCUCUUCAGUCAGGAGGAGUUCUCAGCCAGCACAGAUCUUCUGCAGUCACACAGAGAGCGAAUCUCUAAAGCACCUAACCUGGCAAACAUCGAGCUCUUCUGGAAGAGCUACAACAGUCGCCGAGAUAUGAACAUUGACCGCAACAGCGCGUUUAAAUGUCCAGUUAUGCUUGUGGUCGGUGACCAGGCUCCAUACGAAGAUGCUGCAGUGGAGUGCAACAGCAAGAUGGACCCAACAACGACUUCAUUCCUAAAGAUGGCAGACGCUGGUGGAAUGCCUCAGCUCACUCAGCCUGCCAAGUUGACUGAGGCUUUCAAGUAUUUCAUCCAGGGCAUGGGCUACAUGGCAUCGUCCUGCAUGACACGUCUGUCGCGGUCUCGCACCACCUCCCUGUCCUCGUCCUACUCCAUGGAGGGCUCGCGUUCGCGCUCACGCACCCUCUCCCAGGGCUCGCAGGGUGGACAGCUCCCCCCCAGCCCCUCCCAUACCAUGGAAGUAUCCUGCUGAAGAGAGAGAGAGAGAGAGAGAGAGAGAGAGAAAGGGAGAGAGAGGGGGGAUAAGGUAGGAGGAGGAGGAGGAGGAGGAGAAGAGGAUGAGGGCAAUCGAGGGAGAAGGAAACAGGAUGAAAUCACCACACUCAUCACGCUAAUCAGCUCAUCCGUCCCGUGAGAUCCAACCCAUUCUCUAUUACACAAGCUGAUAAAGAGGCAAGAAAAUGGAGAUGGAGAUGGAGAAGGGGGGUUAGAAAGAGACUGAGAGAAAGAGGAUGGUAGAUGAGGAUAAAUGAGGGUGAUUGAGAUGAAGAUGACGCCAUUGUGGAAUAUGCAGUGGUCAAGGGAAGUUAGAAAGCACCCAAUGAGGUGAAAAAGCAAUCAUGACAAAGCAUCAAAGUGGAAGAAAAACACAACAAAACUUUGUCCCCUCCUUCAUCACUUCAUCCUGCCACAGUAAGAUGAAUGAAUUGAUAAGAUAAAGGAAUAGAAGGAGAAAGGAAGACAAAGGGGGAAGCAUAUAGUAGGAGGAAGUGAUGUCUCUCUCUUCCCCUCCCUCUGCGUGUUCAGGUGAUUGACAGUAGAGCCCUUUAACCGUGUGGAGAGAACCGUGUGACUGGGUACUGUGGAGUGACUCAUGUGUAGUGCUAAUCAAUAGUAAUAAUCAGAAUAAUAAUAUUAAUAAUAAAUAUGAGGAUAUUAAUGAUAUUAAUAAUGUCAAUGACCAUAACGUUACUGUAAAAAACAAAAAUAACCAAGUUUCUCCUAAUUACGUGUUAACUUUUUAAAGCAUAUAAAAUUGCUAGAAAACAAAAAAUAAUAGAGUAUGGAAAUACUUAUAGUGUGUCUAUCUACUCUUUUUCAUUCAGUUUUCUUUUUGUGUGAGUUAUUUUUUUCUUCUGUUUUGUAAUUUUUAAUCCUCUGUAUUCUUAUCCUGUUUUUUCUGAAGCAGGGGAGGAGGAGUAGCCAAUCAAUCGAAGCCUAGGUAUCAUGUGACCCAGGUUGGGUGCAGUGAUUCGAAGCUUAGGACAGAGCCACCCCUCCUCCCUGCCCCUUUGUGUUGUCAAUGACAACACUUGUCUUCCAUUUGCCCCAUUUGAAAUGACUGUAAUUCUUUUUCCCGUGUCAGGGGUUGGACCAGGGCGGUUCUGGGGAGGGGAAUCGACUAUGCUCUGGCAUUAUUGUUUUGUUUUUCUGAAUUGCAUGCUUGCUUCUCACCCAUGUGAAUGAGGAUGAAACUUUUAUUAUUUUUUAAUCUUUUUUUUUUUUAAUCAACUCGGUGUUGUGAGUUCUGAUGAUGUGUGUUGUCAUGGAGCCCAUGAAGGACAGGAGUAUGACUCAGGAAGGGGGAUCAAUUUCAAUUGUCCUCAUAGGAAGAAAGGUUGUGAUCCACUUGUACGGAUAAGUAAGGCCAGUUGCACAGAGAUCAGUGCUUCCGCUGCUGCAACCUCACCAAUAGGGGUCACUGUGUUGAGGGGAAAAAAGUGUCAACAACUCAAAAAACAAACAAAUGUGCAGUUUGCAGUAAAACCAACCCCUACCUCUCCUGACAAACCAAUCUAGCAGUCUCACGUUUGUUGAUUUUAGAGUCCCUCUGGGUUUUCGGGAUUUGGUUUGUGCCAUGGCAAGCAAUCUGUAGCCAAGCAUGGUAGAGGUCUAUACAAGCAUUCAAGUGAGUUUAGGAGUUGGUGCUUUAGAAAGGUCACCAUAGAGAGGUCCAAGGCUCAUGACUAUCCUAAAAAAUAAAAGGUGUUGUCUUGUAUAUAGAAUGUGAAUAAGGUGUUAUGUGUGUAUAAGUGUGGAUGUGUGUGUGGUUGUGUGGCUGACUGUGUGUGUAUAUGUAGGUGCACUUUUGGCCCUCUAAGCACAGCUUUGAAAGGGAUAUGAAAAAUGUUCAAGUAUAAGGUCCUUACAAACCAUCUUAGAAAAACAAAAUGGCCUCUUCUUUACAGCUGCCCAUUUUUGAACCCUAUCCCCAUAAAGGUUUCUACACUGCCAGAAGGGUAUGGCCACUUAACACUAAAAGUACAAGCAGUCUACUGCCAGGAAGCUAUUGCUCACCGAGAUUUACAUUGGUAUGUGCCGUAGCCAUGAACACAGCAUUUUAUUUGGACUGACCAAUAGGCCGUUUUAAAAUACUGUGACUUAUUAGCUGUAACAAACUCCAUGGAUGCUGGGUCAAUGCUUGGCCUGCAAUGGCAGACUUGCGACUUGUUCACAAUCAUCUUCAGCACGACACUGCCCAGGGUAAUUUUUUAAAGAUAUAAACACAUAGUGCAAGAACUUUAUUGCUUGUUCUCUUACAUAAUCUGAGUGUGUGUGUGUGCGUGUGGUGUGUGUGUAUGUGUGUGUGUGUGUGUGUGUGUGUGUGUGUGUGUGUGUCAUGUGCAUACAAGUUGUGUUUGGUCAGAACAUCAUGUUUUCCAUUUGUUGUUGAAUUCAAAUAUCUAGUCAAUAUCCAAAUCUACUUUCUUUUGCUAAUAAAUGAAUAAAGUUAAUAUUCCCUCUUAGUCCUGUUCUGCUUUUGUCUUCCUUUCUUUCUUUCAUUCAUUCUUUCUUUCAAACUCUGUACAAUCUGUAUUUGUACCUUUCACGGUUCAUUUGUUUGAUAGAGCAGUGAGAGUGUGACUCAGCUUUGAACUGUCUCAGAAGGGACAGUAGUCAUGGCAACAGAUGUAAACAGCAAGGACAAAGAUACGUAGGUGCAAAGGCACUUACCCACCAAUUUGGCAUCUCUACCAAAAAAACUGUAGAGCUUGAAAUGGUUUACCAAAAAGGGGGGGGGGGGGGGGGGGUGGGAGGGAAGGAAUUCACAGUGACAAUGAGGGAAUGGUCAUCUGAAUGUAACAGACACUGUCCCAUUUUGUUUGUUUAUUUUAUUUCUUGGUUAUAAUUUUUUUAACCAUGCCCAUUUACCCCAUUUACUUUUGUUUUUCCAUUUCUUUUUGUGAAAUAGUUCCUGUCUUAGUGUGCUCUCAAGUUAGCCAUUAGUGUGCUAGUUUAUGUGUAACAUUUUUUAGUGAUAGCAUUUAAAAAAGGGAAAUAAUAUAAUUAACAAAAAAAAAUGUUUAACAAAAA